AUGACCGUUGGAUUCAAAUUCAAAGCUGUGAGCUUGAAACAAACAAAAUUUGCAACAGCGACCGCAGCAAGAAAAAAAAAAAAGGAAUCUCGAGAGAAGGAAGAAGCAAUGAGAACCGUCAUUCUGCAAUCAAAAUCAAGAUCCAAUUCAUUGGAAGAAGAUAAUCGUGACAACGGCUGCUACUUCCCGGGUUGCAAGAAAAAUGCCAAUUGUAACUGUGAAAUUUGUUUAGCCAGCAUCAAUGCCACCCUUGAUCUCAUGCCCAAUAGCAUCCACAAAACCUCUCUCACCAAACUCUCUGCUCCCAAACCCAAUGUUGAAUGCACUCCAAUCUCCUUUGAUGCUUCCAUGUUGUCCACACCCGGAUCCAGUGAUUUUCACCUAUCACCGCCCACUCCUAUAAUCAAAUCCACUGCUAGAUCAGAUUCCUGUCAGAAAAUGAAAAUCCAAAAGGGACAAGAAUCGUCUUUCUAUGGUAUCAAGCUCUUGAGAUUGAUAUUGGGUUUGGGAUUACUUUUAUCUGUAGACCUUGUUUUCCCCUGGGCUGUUUCUGGGGUUUUUCAACCUUCUUUGUCACCGGAGGUAGUGAAAAGGGUUGCUGAGAAAUGUAGCCAAGUGCAUGAUUUGAAUGCAAAGUUGAGGUUAUUGCAGAAAGAGUUAGCUAGUGUUGUUGGCAAAGUUUCAAAUUGCAGCUUUGAAGAAACCUCAUGGCAAAUCAGCCAGGAUGGCCUGCUAUUGAAUUCAAGGUGCACAUUGUACAAAUCAGCUAUAGAGGAGGUAACAAUCUGGGGAUGGCCUCUGCAAACCGCAGGACUGCUCACAAAUGGUUUCUCUUUCCGAACAUACUCUAUCUUAUCAGGAAGAGUCACCCAGUGGAAUGGUGGACAAGUUGGCUAUUUGAUUCGAAAGGCCAACACAUCAUGGGUACAGCCAAAAUGGGGUGCUUCAGUAGUGCAAUUAGACCCCAAUACAUGGGUUCUUGAAUAUCAAAGUAGCUCUAAUUUUUAUAACACAAGAUUGUACUCGGCAUUGUUGGAGUUCUUCAAAUAUUGGAUUACAAGAAUUAUUGGCAGGGUGAAGAAAGAUUUCUGGGUGUUUGCUGCGUUUGAAGAUAGUCACUGCAUGGGAUUCACGGCAAGCAGUGGGUUUAAAACCCCAACUUGA